AAGUAGAAGCUGAGGAUAUAAUACUGGACAACAGACCACCACCUGGAUGGCCAGCUCAUGGAGAAAUUCACAUUAAAGAUUUGAAAAUUAGAUAUAGACCUGAUAGUCCUCUAGUUCUGAAAGGUAUCUCAGUUAAUAUUAUGGCUGCUGAGAAGAUUGGGAUUGUUGGUCGAACUGGAUGUGGAAAAUCAACAUUGGCAAUGUCGUUCUUUAGAUUUAUUGAAGCAACUUCUGGAAGUAUUGUAAUUGACGAUGUUGAUAUUAGUAAGAUUGGAUUAAAAGAUCUUAGAAGUAAUAUUACUAUCAUACCUCAGGACCCCGUACUAUUUGAUGGUACUAUAAGAAGCAACUUAGACCCAUUCAACAAGCAUAGUGAUCUUGAGUUAUGGAACGCGCUUCGUCGUGUACACUUAAUUAAAAAUUGCAAUCCUACUUCUGAAAAAGAAGAAUCAGAUAUUAUUCUUCUUAUCUCGGAUCAGAAAAAUCACAUACAAGAACCAAUAAUGCUUGACUUGCCUGUCAAAGAAAAUGGAUCAAAUUUUUCCCAAG